AUGCGCUUCGUGCCAGUUGUGUUUCCCCUUCUUGCUGCCAGUUGUGUCACCAUCUGCAGCCAUUGCGACAAAAAAGAGCUCACAAGUCAGCUGCCCUACAUUCCGUUUUGCUCCCGGCCUUCGCUUCCAGCUGCUUCGUUCGUUUCUCGUUUUGAACGGCAAGUUGUGUGGAUGUGGCAAUCCCGUGCGGCGCCAAGGGUUGAGGUGCCAAGACCGGUCCAGCUUGGAUCUUUGAAGUCUGAGAAUGAGGGCCAGGAUCCCGGUAUUCGCCUUGUGCCUGCCGGCGGUGGUGGCUGGGGCCGGAAGAAGGAGGAGGACGUGAUCGAAGAAGAAGAAGAAGUUCCUGAGACCCAGAAUCCGCGCUUGGGGAACCUCACGUCGCAGCCUGCGCAACUGCGUCCCACGGCAUGGGGAAGGAGCAGCCUCUCUGCUCAAGCAGGGCCUCGGCCAGCUCCUUGGGCGCAGCCGCCCCCGGGGAAGGUGGUGCCGGAGCCGGUACCUCUGGAGCGGAGGCAGCAGGAAGACUUCCCUUCGUUGGGAUCCGAGCCGAUCAAGGGGCGCAAAAGCUCUGGUUCGGGUCCCUCGAUGCUGUCUGCGCCUGUCUGA